CCGCAACUGACGUCGAGACUUUAAGGAUAGAUCAUAUGCGAGGUUAGAGAUAGGUCAUCAACUUGAUGAGAAUGAAAGCAGGAGCGAGGUUAGAGAUAGUUCAUCAACUUGACCCGCUAGUCUAGCUUGUUGUUGGAUUGUUAUCGGUUUCUUGUUGUUGUUUAAUAAAGAGCCAUAAAGUGUCACCAUUCUUCUGCACUGGAUUCGGCAUGAUAACAGGUGGCUCGACUUGAACUUGUACAGACGAUCAUAUGCCGCGAGGUUAGAGAUAGGUCAUCAACUUGAUGAGAAUGAAAGCCCUGCUUCUUCUAAUGUUGUGGAGGUCUUACACGGCAAGGGGAGAAAGUUUCAGUUCGUUUUUUGUGAAGUCUUGUUUCACUGAAUUCUUUUUGGUGAGCACAGACUGGUGGAGGAGAAACGUCUGGUUGUUGUCGGAGGAGAAAAGUCUGGUUAUUUUCGAUUUACGAGAUACGAGAACAAGAUGAACAUGAAUAUCUUGAUCAACGAGAUUUUUUUAGCUUACAGUCAACUUCUUGUUCUGUAACAAGUACUGCCUCGUCUACCUCAAGCUCAAGCUCAACCUUUCUUGCAGAGUUUUUUUCUGUGGGGCUACGACGGGGACAACAUCUCUUUUUCUACUAUGGGAUGGCAUCUACUUUGAGAACUACAAGUGCAGGUUAAUACCGUUAUCCAGAAGAAGAAAAAUUCGGUUUCGG